UCAAAGAUGAGGUCAUACAUGGUGUAAGCAGUCCGAGAAGGCAGAGGUACAGAAACGUGAGGCCAGGCAGGAUCCAAAAGACAUGCAGCGAGGUCUGAUGAGGAGACAAACUAGGAAACAACUUGGACUUGACUAUGACUAUGAAACAUAAAGUAGGACAGAACUAAACUGUGGUGGCACAGAAACGCUGUGACGGAGAUAGCUCAACACUACACUAGUUUUGGAGAUUCCUAAUGUCAAUGAAUGCAACUCAUUAAUUCAGUCCAACAACGAACUGGCAAAUGCCAGAGACAAAAACUCAAACUUAAACACCUGUCUAAUUACAUUAUUGGCUGGUGACCACCCUUGGAUGUACUCACAUAGGGUUUUCUCCAGGCUCUCCGGUUUCCUCCCACGUCCCAAAAAUGUGCAACAUUAAUCGGACACUCUAAAUUGCCCCGUAGGUGUGAUUGUGAGUGCGGCUGUUUGUCUCGGUGUGCCCUGCGAUUGGCUGGCAACCCGUUCAGGGUGUGCCCUGCCUCCUGCCCGUUGCCAGCUUGGAUAGGCUCCAGCUCUCCCCUCGACUCUUGUGAGGAUAAGCGGCUAAGAAAAUGGAUGGAUUUGAUAUUUGGGCUGGUAGCUUUAAGUACUUUCUUUUUUCUCUUAAUAAAUCACCAUUUAAAAGCUGUAUGCUGUUUGUCAUUAUCAAAUGUAAAAACAUAUAAUAUUCAAUACAUCCAGCACUUGAAACUCAAGAGGUCUGCGUGUGUGUGUGUGUGGUGUGUGUGUGUGUGUGCGUGGUUUUCCCUUUUUAUAUGCGACGCACACCUUCACCGCUCCAAGUCUUAUUUUCCCCUGCGUAGCGUCCAGGGCUGGUAAUGUCCCGCCACCUUUAUGUUCCAAUCCCAGAGCUGCCAGGAGUGCCAAUUCUGCUCUGUUAGCUCACAGGAGGUGAGCCGGCCAAGAGGAUGCUUCUGACCCUCCGACCAGACGCUGUCUCACCUCCGCUGCUGACGGGCGCUAUAUUCAGUGACGCCGGAAAUGAGAUGUUGUAUGGGAUGGAAGUGUGGUGAAUUGGGCAUUUAGGCCAGUCUCUGUCAGUCAGUGAAGCCACGACCGUAUAUGCGACGUUCACCGGUUAGCCACGGGAACUUACAUUUCUUACAAUGCCGUAUGGAUAUUUUUGAUGUUAUAAAGAGAAGGAUCUUGUGGGAUGAAGUGCUUUGCUGUCGUUUCCAAUCUAAUCAUUUUCUUCCAAGGGUCGCGGGGAGUGCUGGCACCUAUCCCAGCUGGAAGGGGGGCGGCGUACACCCUCAACUGGUUGCCAGCCAAUCGCAGGGCACAUGGAGACAAACCACCAAUCGCACUCACAAUCACACCUAGGGGCAAUUUAGAGUGUCCGAUUAAUGUUGCACAUUUUUGGGACGUGGGAGGAAACCGGAGAGCCUGGAGAAAACCCGCGCAGGCGCGGGGAGAACAUACAAACUCCACACAGACAGGUCCGGGAUUGAAAAGAAAGGAAUCACCCAUCCAUCAAUUUUCUUUGCCACUUAUCCUCACAAGGGUCUCGGGGAGUGCGGGAGCCUAUCCCAGCUGUCAACUGGCAGGAGGCGGGCUACACCCUGAGCUGGUUGCCAGCCAAUCACAGGGCACAUGGAGACAAACGACCAGUCACAAUCACACAUAGGGGCAAUUUAGAGUCUCCAAUUAAUGUUGCAAGUUUUUGGGAUGUGGGAGAAAACCGGAGUGCCCGGAACAAACCCACGGAGGCACAGGGAGAACACGCAAACUCCACAAAGGAGGGUCCGGGAUCAAACCCAGGACCUCAGAACGUUACCAGCUGAUCCAAGGAAAUGAACCAUUUCGGUAAAUUCAUGGGAAUGCUCAAAAUGGACCCAAAACGAAAACCACCACACCUGCACAAAAAAAUUCAUUAUCAUUUAAUGCAUUCACAUUUUAAAGACAUGUACAAGUUAAUGGGCUGCUAUUUUUACUCCAAUAAUAAAAAAAUAUGUCAGUAAACGUAAUUUUAAAUGCCUUGCAUUGGGUUAUAUCAUUUUUUGUUGUUUGUUGGUUUUCAUCUAGCUUUAACUAACAAAGCAGUUUCUUGAAAAACGAGCCUUAUCGCAUUUUUAAGGGAGAUUUUUAUUGAGUCGCAUAAAAUUGCGCAGGUGCACCGAAGGUUUUGGCACCACACGCAAAAACGUCCCUCAUCCCACCCAAUCCCUGACGCACGCGUGUGCGCAGUUGUGCAGCCACCCCAGCAUGAGGCAAUGGUUUAUGCAUGACACAUUUAUCACCCGUCCGGCAUGAGCGCACCCCACUGCCAAAACAACAAAAUCUGCGGUAGACGGGAAUACAAUUACUGUAUAGUGUUCAAGCUGUUCCCUUAAAACAACUUCAAUCGGGGGGUGUCGGACUCUCUCUUGUUGUCAACAACGCCCGUACACAAACAUCUUCCUAUAGAGAAACGUGGAAUGAUGGGCUUUCAACACAUUUUACCCUGACUGUCUUUAUGCAUUUUACCACUUGCCUGCUUUCCCUCCCUCUCCGUUUUCUCACAUUCUCUCGAUUCCUUCUUUCUCUCCUCAGAUCAGCAAUCGACCCUAUUUCGAGAUUUUAAUGGUACAUGCCAUUAGAAAGCCCAUCUCUAGAAGGGAGGUGGAGGAGGAGGAGGAGGAGGAGGAGGAAGAGGGGUGGUCCAAGUCUCAGCUAAGAGGCUACUUUCGUCCCCUCCUCACCAUCCCCCUUUAGCAUAAGCACAUUCGCGUAUGCCUUCGCACGCGUAGCGCCGCAUCAUCCGUCUCGAUAAGAGCGCUCGGUUUCAGCGUGGACCAGCCGGCCAGCCGGUAGCGGGGAGGCAGAGGGGGACAAAAGCAAAAGGGAGGGAGGAAUAGAAAAAGGGUGCGAAGCCGCUGAAUAAAACACUAAAGAAGAGGGGGAAAAAAGGGAGAAGGAAGGAAAAAAAAAAAAACAUCCUGGGAGUUCAAGUUGGGGGAAAAAAACAAAUCCGUAAUGAGGAUGAGAAAAUAAAAGGAAAGGAUGCUUUGAAUGCAGAAGGGAGAGGAAGAAGACCAAGAAGAGGGACAUAAAACAAAAGCCGGGACAAAACCAGGAAUUCUGGAAUGAAUGGGACUCCUGCGUGCCUGCCUCACGCAUGCACACACGCACUGGGAAUAGCAGUCGCUCGCUGAAGUCGCUGAAAAGCGCGCCAGAACCCCUCUCGGGAUUUCGGAUGUCACCUUUGGUGCGGCUUCCACGCCGGUUGCGCCCACUCGACCGGGAUCGGCCCCGCGCCGCGAGCGCCGCCAAUUAAGGCAGGCGAGUUGUGACAGAAGCGGACGACGCGUCGAGGGCGAAGAGGAAAAAGGACGACGACGGCGGAGGAGGGAAGAGGAGGGGCCUGCGGGGGGAAGCCAACACAAGCAGCAGAAGACGUACAUGGACCAGGUGUUGCCUGUCUGAUUGGAGGUGGGAGAAGAGGACGAGAAGGAAGCACAAUGAAGCACGUCGCUGCGACGUAGCUCACCGGCGAGCUUUGUGGGCCUCCCAGCUACGCAUCACUUGUGAUACCACGAUCCAGUUCUGACUGUGGGUAAUGCAGAGCCAAAUAACCAAUCCUGGAGAUGCCGAAGAGAAGAGAUAUUCUCGCCAUCGUGUUGAUCGUCUUGCCCUGGACUCUGCUCAUCACAGUUUGGCACCAAAGCGCGAUCGCUCCGCUCCUCGCCAUCCACAAGGGAAACCGGAGUGCCCAGAGGAGACCCACGCAGGCGCGGGGAGAACAUGCAAACUCCAAACGGGCGGGACCGGGAUCUAACCCGGGACCUCAGAACUGUGAGGCCAAUGCUUUACCAGCUGAUCCACCGUGCCGCCUUCAGAUCUACAAGAGGCUUGCGGUCCGCCACCGACUCUCAGAUGACGGCGUUGAGGGCAAGAGGGAGGCGGGCGGCCAAGCAGGAGACUCCAAGGAGUACUGCGCCUCAGAUAAGGACAUUGUAGAGGUGGUGAGAACUGAGUACGUGUACACGCGGCCGCCGCCUUGGUCCGACGUCCUGCCCACCAUCCACAUCAUCACGCCCACGUACAGUCGACCGGUGCAGAAGGCCGAGCUGACGCGGCUGGCUAACACCUUCCUCCACGUUCCCAACCUGCACUGGAUCCUGGUGGAGGAUUCCCAAAGGAGGACGCCUCUUGUGACGCGGCUCCUCAGAGAUACGGGCCUCAACUACACCCACCUGAACGUUGAGACGCCCAGGAACUAUAAGCUGCGGGGGGACACGAGGGACCCUCGAAUCCCCCGGGGUACCAUGCAGAGGAAUCUGGCGCUCCGGUGGCUGAGGGAGACCUUCAAAGCUAAUAGCACUCAAGCUGGAAUCGUCUACUUUGCAGACGACGACAACACUUACAGCCUGGAGCUGUUUGAGGAGAUGAGAUCAACUCAGAAAGUUUCCGUGUGGCCCGUGGCCUUUGUGGGCGGCCUGCGCUACGAGUCCCCCAAAGUCAACGCGGCCGGCAAGGUGUACGGCUGGAAGACGGUGUUCGACCCCCACCGGCCCUUUGCCAUCGACAUGGCCGGCUUCGCCAUCAACCUGAGGCUGAUCCUCUUCAAGCCUCAGGCGUACUUCAAGCUUCGCGGGGUGAAGGGAGGCUACCAGGAGAGUAGUUUGCUGCGAGAGCUCGUCACGCUCAAUGACCUGGAACCCAAAGCAGCCAAUUGCACUAAGAUACUUGUUUGGCACACAAGAACAGAGAAGCCCGUCCUCGUUAAUGAAGGGAAAGCAGGAUUCACUGACCCAAAUGUGGAGAUUUAACCAUUUCUCCCAGAUCUCAUAGCGUUCGUCUUCUUCCUGAACAUCCAUUGAUGAAGAUGGCCUUUGCGGUCCAAGACAUGUGACAUUUUACUGAGGAAUGGACAGCGCCGUAUCAAUGUAUCAUAUCAAAGCACAGAUUGGCGAGGGGCGGCUUUUAUUUAUGAGUUGUGCGAAAGAGACGUUUUCAAGGACGCCGCGGCAGACGAGUGCGGGCGUCUCACCGAUGGCAACCUGACAAAAAAAAGACAGCACAAUUUCAUCCAAGUCGGGUUUGAGAAAAAUCCUUUUCCUGAACAAAAGGAAAGUGCUGAAAUUCAUCCAAGAAGGAAGGACAAUGCAAUUAAACGGAGGAACAUGGUCCCGCAUUGGGACUCGACUCCAAAUGAAACACUGGAAGGGAAGGAAUGUUCUUUUGAUAACCAUGUAACGUUUGCGUUAAUUUAAUAGAAUUUGUUAAGGUGUUGACAAAACUACUGACUCAAACAUUUACAUUUACUCCUGGGUUACCGUCAUUCAUGCAUUGAAGUCACUACGAACACUUGAAAAUGCCCCAGUUGGAAAUGUAUUAAAAAAAAAAAAAAAAACCAACAACAACAUUGCACCUUUUACUUGGCACUUAAAAAUACGCUGAAGGUGUUUCUUUGUGAUAACACGUGUAAAUAGCAAUUAUUCAUGGGAGCAAUCAGGAAACAUUGUUGAAAAAUGUAAUGUAACUACUGUAUUUAUGCUGGUCCAUUAUGAAAAUAGCACACCUUUAUUUUGGUCAGAGCUUCAGUUUGUGUUGAAAAAUCAAUGCUGGGAAGCCAUUUGUUCCAUUUUUUUUUUUUUUAUUGACGUAAUAAAGGUGUCCCUUUCUUGAUGCGUACCCACCUAUACGCACACAAAACACCAGAACGAGCAAAUUGGGCAUUACGACAUAUUGAUCGGUUGGUUAAUCAAUUAUUAAGAAUUUGUAUGGAAUUGUUUCUCGACUUGAAGCAAAUAAGUGUACGCUUUCCUUUACUCUUAGCGAAUUAUUUUGACAAGUUGAGCUUGCCAGGACUGUGGCGCAGUGCAACACUUGCUUGGAAACAGGAGUUCAAAACAUUCAGAGAGGAAUGGGCCUUUCCGACUGGCGAUCUUAGCUACAGUUGCCAUGUCCCACAAGCUUUACAACUCCAUCCAAAAUGGCACCUGAACAGAACAGGUUUGAAGUUGAUUCUCUAUCGCGUAUUCCAGAUAAUAUUGCGGUAUGUUUUUUGCCAAAUGCGUCAGACUUGUCCAAGAGAGUUCUACAGAGAGGUCUCAACUAUUUCACGCAAGGAUGUGUACACGGAAUUAAGAUUUUGGAUGGAGCAGGACACAAUUUCAGAGUUACAGCGAAACGUUACCGAUCGAUGCAAAAAAAAGUUUGACGCCUCACAAAUUUCAUGUUGAAAUCCAACAGGAUAAAAUGGUGGAAUCGUACUGCGCAUGUAAAGCAGGGUGAGUACUUUUUACUUGGAAAGAUCACGAGUAAUAUCAUUGUAGUCUUUAUAUGUGCUCUGUCUUAAAAGUCUAAUGUGAUCCAAACAGGCAAAAAGACAUUUCUCUUGCAUGACAUGGCGCAUUUACGUAUCCCUAACCAGACUCUUUGGCAUAAAACAUGACACACUUCAUUCGGCCGGUCGGUGAUACGCUAACAAAGUGAAAGUUGUUCUCCUGCAAUGUAUAAAGCACUGAUAAUAAUUCAAUCAAACUCAGAGAAGAAACUUCUCCCUCGCUUACCUUUGAACAUACGGCCUUGUGUUUGUUGAUAUUAUGCACAUUUAGUUGUACGUGCGCUCUUCCGCGAGCCUUAAUCCAUCGUAGACACUUCGUCAACUGUGUUUUAGGCUUUGGAAAAGAAAUCAAGCAGGCCCCUUUUAACCUAGCAGGAUAUCUUUCAUCAGAAUUGCACCCCAAGCGCAUCUGAGGACCAUUUUCUUCGUAACAUUAACUUUUCCAAGCGCAUGCUACUGACAACCAGCAUUGCUUGCGGGACAACAUUGCGGCAGGGGCGCGUCGACCAAUGCGGCUAUCUGACUAAUUGUACAAGUGAUUGACAGGUCGGAACGGUCCAUUAUCCCAACCCAUAUCGAAUAAAAAUGGAUAUAAACCCACUCCCAUUGAUAAUUGCCCAAUAAUCUGGAGUAGGUUUGACAUUCCCCACAAACAAUGAAAAUGCGACAUUUACCCGUUCAAAUUGAUUUUAAAUGCCAAAUAAUCAGAGCAUUUGAAUACGGGCAAGCCACUUUGUUUUCAUGAAAUCCAUUAAAAAUACCAAUAAUUUUUCGAUGAAUUGGGAUGAUUUGGGUUUUUUUGUGCAGUAUCUUACUAAAUUAUUGACUCUGAUGCUUUUGGAUGACAUUUUAUUUCAAGAAAAUAUCACAAAACACUCGAGAAUGAUUCUUAAAAAGAUGACCGCAUUUCAUACACGGCCUCCAUUAUUUGAAUAUCCAUCUUUGCUUAUAGUCAUACUUGAGGAUAAGAAAAGCACAAUCAUUCAGCCGAACACAUCUUUUAGAGACUUGCAUUCUUAACUCUUAUUUUAUGAAUAUCCAUAUGUCGUGCAUGAACUCCACUAUAGACAUAAUAUAAUAAACUUCUAUGGUCUGUGACAGUCAUAUUUGCUACAUUUUGAACGUGACGAAUCAGCACUCGCUGUAUUUUCGCAGCGACGGCUGGAAAGCAAUUGGAGAUGAUACAAAUAGCGAGCCUCUGCGCUACCGCCAAGUUAUCUCUCGACACACGCGUCGGCCAAAAUACAAAGCAGCAGGAGGGGGAACACAAAAAAAGAGAUUGUUUCAGUCUAAAUAUGAGAUCGCAGUGCAUCAAUAUACUUUCUCAGAAAAGUACAAAACUCGCCACGCUGGCUGCUUUUAUUUACUGCGCGAUUGCGCAGCGGGUCGGCUAUCAAAAUUAGAUCAUCUCUUUAUUUUUCAAGGUGUCUAUUUGGAUUUAAUUGAAGUUAAGUUGUGCAAUAAAAUCACUACCCGCUCUAGAAAAAGCUGAAAGGAAAAAAAAAGAAGCAUGCAUUACACACACACACACACACACCUAGUGAUCAAUCUAUGGAUCAUCGUAUCAACAAAAGAGUAAUUAGCAAUAGUAGAUUUAAAUAAUUGAAAAUGCUUUUAAUUGUCUAGAAUGUACGCGUGCAGUCACCCAGCACCACAGAGAAACCACCGGCGCAUACGCAGGACGGCUUUUUAACGUCACUUGAUGGGCCUUAACGGCUCCUUCAAGGGCUUCUGAGGCACAAUCCACUCGGCAGAAGCCCUCCCUCGUUCCCUCAUCCUCACAGUCGUCCUCAUGUAAAUCACACUUUAUGCAUGGGACUCUUUAAGGUUGUCCAUUUGCCUCCUCAAGUUUGUCUCAGAGGAAAAUGGUGGAAAAAAA